GGUGCGCCGUCCAGACCAGAUUCAAGGGCCUUCGCGGCACGGAGUCGUCUCUCGUGUUGCCUUGGACGAGGCGGGCCGGAUGAAGUUCUGGAUCAACAAGCUGGAGACAACGUCGGUGGCCGGGAACGGCGCCGCUCCUGCGCAGGUCGAGCGCCGUCGUCUCUGCUACCUUAUGAAGUGGCGACCCGAGCUCGACUUCCUGUCCAAGAACCAAUUAUUGGAGUUCUGUCGAUCUCGACAACCAACGGUGGAAGAGCCGGUCGCCUUCUAUGAUGACCUCGAAGUCCUACUUCUUUACUAUGCCCGGAGGACUCUGGCCUCAAUUCACAACUUGAGCAUCGCAGAUCUGCCGACGCAUCUCCAGAAAUACGUCGCGUGGCUGCAGUGGCAGCUCGGACGGUACGAGUCCGGACAGGUCUCCGCCCACAGAAAAGAAGAGCUCCUGGAUCAGAGUCAGAAUGAAGACCUCGCAUCACGCAUCGCGGACCGCAUCAAAGCGAGCACCGAAGGAAAGCUCUACGUCGCCGUGGGCAGAAAUCUGCCCGACAUCCUCGCUGGAGCCGUCGAUCCGCUGGAGCUGCUGUACCGCGACGGUCUCGCGGCCGAACACUACCAGGUCGUCUGCGACACGAUCCUCAGCUGCAAGCAUCUCCGGCCAUAUGUCGACGCGCUGGCGCACAAGCAUCCGUCCAUGAAGAUCUUGGAACUCGGUGCCGGGACGGGCUCGAUCACCGGCCACGUCCUCGGGGCUCUCCUUGGAGAUGACGACGAUACUGACCCGAGCACGGCCCGAUUCUCGCAAUACGAUUAUACUGAUAUCUCAGAGGCUUUCUUCGAGAAAGCGAGAGAGCGGUUUGCGCCAUGGGGUCGAAAGAUGGCGUUCAAGACACUGGAUAUCGAGCGUGACCCUGAGAAACAGGGGUAUGAGGUCGCAGGCUACGAUCUCAUCGUCGCAGCUUGGGUAAGUUGA